AUCCUGGUGGACUUGACGGCUGAGAGGAAGCACCAAGCGCUGCAGUAUGAGAACGUCGUGGCCCACGAGGGCAGCUCCAUCCUGCGAGACCUGGCGCUGAGCCCCGACCGCCAGCACAUCUAUGCCAUGACCGAGAAACAGGUGACGCGGGUGCCGGUGGAGAGCUGUGAGCAGUACGAGAGCUGCGAGCUGUGCCUGGGCUCCCGGGACCCCCACUGUGGCUGGUGUGUCCUCCACAACAUAUGCUCACGCAAGGACCGGUGCGAGCGGGCGGACGAGCCCCAACGCUUCGCCUCCGACCUGCGGCAGUGCGUCCAGCUCACCGUCCAGCCGAAGAACAUCUCGGUCACCAUGUCGGAGGUCCCGCUGGUCCUGCAGGCUUGGAACGUCCCAGAUCUCUCAGCAGGAGUCAACUGCUCCUUUGAAGACUUCACUGAGUCUGAGAGCCGCAUUGAAGAUGGGAAGAUCUACUGCAGCUCUCCCUCUGCCAAGGAUGUCAUCCCCAUCACCAGGGGCCGUGGGGACAAGCGAGUGGUGAAGCUCUACCUGAAAUCUAAGGAGACGGGGAAGAAGUUUGCCUCUGUGGAUUUUGUUUUCUACAACUGCAGUGUCCAUCAGUCCUGCCUGUCCUGUGUGAACGGCUCCUUCCCCUGCCACUGGUGCAAGUACCGCCACAUCUGCACCCACAACGCUGCCGACUGCUCCUUCCUGGAGGGACGCGUCAAGCUCUCUGAGGACUGCCCCCAGAUCUUACCCUCCACCCAGAUCUACAUCCCCGUGGGUGUGGUGAAACCCAUCACCCUGACAGCCAAGAACCUGCCCCAGCCGCAGUCCGGCCAGCGCAACUACGAGUGCAUCUUCCACAUCCCCGGCAGCACCACCCGUGUCACCGCCCUGCGCUUCAACAGCACCAGCAUCCAGUGCCAGAACACCUCGUAUUUCUACGAAGGGAACGACAUCAGUGCCCUGCCAGUCAACUUGUCUGUGGUCUGGAAUGGGAACUUUGUCAUUGACAACCCCCAGAACAUCCAGGCCCACCUGUACAAGUGCUCGGCUCUGCGGGAGAGCUGCGGUCUGUGCCUCAAGGCCGACCCGCGCUUCGAGUGCGGCUGGUGCGUGUUGGAGAGACGCUGCUCGCUGCGGCAGCACUGCCUGGCCUACGAGAGCAGCUGGAUGCACGCCAGCAGUGGCAACAGCCGCUGCACCGAGCCCAAGAUCACCAAGCUGUACCCUGAGACCGGCCCCAGGCAAGGAGGGACCCAUCUGACCAUCACUGGUGAGAACCUGGGCCUGAAGUUUGAAGAUGUUCGCUGGGGCGUUCGAGUCGGCAAAGUGGUGUGCAUGCCCAUCGAGAGCGAGUACAUCAGCGCUGAGCAGAUCGUGUGUGAAAUCGGAGAUGCCAGCCUGAGCAAGGUCCACGAUGCGCGGGUAGAAGUGUGCAUCCGCGACUGCUCGCCCAACUACCGGGCUGUGUCCCCCAAGAGCUUCACCUUCGUGACACCCACUUUCUCCCGCGUGGUCCCAGCCCGGGGUCCUCUCUCUGGUGGCACCUGGAUCGCCAUCGAAGGCAGCCACCUCAAUGCUGGCAGCAAUGUCUCCGUGACCAUCGGGGGACGGCCCUGCGCUUUUUCAUGGAGAAGCGCCCGUGAGAUCCGGUGGCGGCUCCCCAUCCUCAUCAGCAUCAACCGGGCAGAGCUGAGCAACCCGGAGGUGAAGUACAACUACACGGAGGACCCCACCAUCCAGAAGAUUGAUCCUGAGUGGAGCAUCAACAGUGGUGGAACAUUGCUGACUGUGACUGGCACCAACCUGGCCACCAUCAAAGAGCCCAGGAUCCGGGCCAAGUACUGCAGCUCUGAAACAGAGAACAACUGCACCGUCUACAACGACACCACGAUGGUGUGCUAUGCGCCCUCCAUCAACAACCACCUGCGGAGCCCUCCAGAGCUUGGUGACCGCCCGGAUGAGAUCGGCUUCAUCAUGGAUAAUGUCCAGGCCCUGCUCAUCGUCAACACCACCAACUUUGUUUACUACCCGGACCCUGUCUUCGAACCACUCAGCCCCACGGGGAUGCUGGAGCUGAAGCCCAGCUCUCCCCUCAUCCUCAAGGGCAGGAACCUGCUCCCUCCAGCUGCUGGUAACUCCCGCCUGAACUACACGGUGCUGAUCGGAGACACUCCCUGCAUCCUGACUGUCUCUGAGACCCAGCUCCUCUGCGAGUCCCCCAACCUCACUGGCCAGCACAAAGUCACGAUCAAAGCUGGAGGGUUCGAGUUCUCCCCAGGGACACUGCAGAUCUAUUCGGACAGCUUGCUCACCCUGCCCGCCAUCAUUGGGAUCGGUGGUGGGGGUGGUCUGCUCCUCCUCAUCAUCAUCAUCGUCCUCAUCGCCUACAAGCGCAAAUCCCGGGAUGCUGACCGGACCCUGAAACGUCUCCAGCUGCAGAUGGACAACCUGGAGUCCCGAGUGGCCCUGGAGUGCAAAGAGGCCUUCGCUGAGCUGCAGACUGACAUUAACGAGCUGACCAAUGACCUGGAUGGGGCUGGCAUCCCCUUCCUGGAUUACCGCACCUACGCCAUGCGGGUUCUCUUCCCAGGCAUAGAAGAUCACCCCGUGCUGAAGGAGAUGGAGGUCCAGGCAAACGUGGAGAAGUCUUUGACCCUCUUUGGGCAGCUCCUGAACAAGAAACACUUCUUGCUGACCUUCAUCCGCACUCUGGAGGCUCAGCGGAGCUUCUCCAUGCGGGACCGCGGCAACGUGGCCUCCCUCAUCAUGACGGCGCUGCAGGGUGAGAUGGAGUAUGCCACGGGCGUGCUGAAGCAGCUCCUCUCCGACCUCAUUGAGAAGAAUCUGGAGAGUAAGAACCACCCCAAGUUGCUCUUGCGGAGAACGGAGUCGGUGGCAGAGAAGAUGCUGACGAAUUGGUUCACAUUUCUGCUGUACAAGUUUCUGAAGGAGUGUGCUGGGGAACCACUCUUCAUGCUCUACUGUGCCAUCAAGCAGCAGAUGGAGAAGGGACCCAUUGAUGCCAUCACAGGAGAGGCUCGCUACUCCCUCAGUGAAGACAAGCUUAUCCGGCAGCAGAUUGACUACAAAAUGCUGACCCUCAACUGCGUGAACCCUGAGAACGAGAACGCCCCAGAGAUCCCUGUCAAGGUGCUGAACUGCGACACCAUCACACAGGUGAAAGAGAAGCUGCUGGACGCUGUCUACAAGGGAGUGCCCUAUUCCCAGCGACCCAAAGCCGGAGACAUGGACCUGGAGUGGCGGCAGGGCAGGAUGGCCCGGAUCAUACUGCAGGAUGAAGAUGUCACCACAAAGAUUGACAAUGACUGGAAGAGGCUAAACACACUGGCCCACUACCAGGUGACAGACGGCUCCUCGGUAGCCCUGGUGCCCAAACAGAACUCAGCAUACAACAUCUCCAACUCCUCCACCUUCACCAAGUCCCUCAGCAGAUACGAGAGCAUGCUGCGGACAGCCAGCAGCCCUGACAGCCUGCGCUCACGGACACCCAUGAUCACCCCCGACCUGGAGAGCGGCACCAAGCUCUGGCACCUGGUGAAAAACCACGACCACAUGGACCAACGGGAGGGUGACCGAGGCAGCAAGAUGGUCUCUGAAAUCUACCUGACCCGUCUGUUAGCCACCAAGGGCACCCUGCAGAAGUUCGUGGAUGACCUGUUUGAGACCAUCUUCAGCACAGCACAUCGUGGGAGUGCACUGCCCCUUGCCAUCAAAUACAUGUUUGAUUUCCUGGAUGAACAAGCUGAUAAGCAUCAGAUCAAUGAUUACGAUGUCAGGCACACCUGGAAGAGUAACUGUCUACCUCUACGUUUUUGGGUGAAUGUGAUUAAGAACCCCCAGUUUGUGUUCGACAUUCACAAGAACAGUAUUACUGAUGCCUGCCUAUCCGUGGUGGCUCAGACAUUCAUGGACUCCUGCUCAACUUCUGAGCACAAGCUAGGAAAAGACUCUCCCUCCAACAAACUACUGUACGCCAAGGACAUCCCCAACUACAAGAGCUGGGUAGAAAGAUAUUAUGCAGAUAUUGCUAAAAUGCCAGCAAUCAGUGACCAGGACAUGAGUGCAUACCUGGCAGAGCAGUCGCGGUUACACCUCAGCCAGUUCAACAGUAUGAGCGCGCUGCAUGAGAUCUACUCCUACAUCACCAAGUACAAAGACGAGAUUUUAGCCGCGUUGGAGAAGGACGAGCAGGCCCGGCGGCAGCGGCUGAGGAGUAAGCUGGAGCAGGCGAUCGACACAAUGGCCUUAAGCAGCUGA